GAUAUACAUACGUAGAGCUUGUUCUAGUAGUAGAUAUAUUAAUUAAGUUAUAUAUAGGUGAAAAUAAUGAUAGUGCAUUUAAUCAAUUUAAAUGCCUGAUUUAUCCUCAUCUACGCGAAGUCCCAUGUAACUAGUGACAUACUCUGUGUCACUGGUGCCCUCAAUCCUCUUCUAAGUACCCUUAACCCAAUUGAAUUACCCCCAACAACUUGGGGGAUCACUCAUCGUCAUCAUUCAUCCCCCAGAUUUUUUAACAUCGCUAACUUGUUACCACUAGUGUCGGAUCUUUUCAGUGGUACAAGUUAAGAAUUCAAGUGUUGAUAAAUCUUAAUUAACAUCAUCAAUAUUACAUUUUUUUUAUAUCUGUUAAGAAUAAUAAUUAUUUGAAUAAUUAGUGUUCUUGACCGUAUCGUUGUAAAUUAAUAAGUGCAUCAUCAUUAGUUGCAAAUGCAAAGACUUAACGAUGCAGCGACUCACGUGACACCCUUGUACGGCAUCUUUAUUGCUUAGCCACUUUUAUAAAAUCGUGUUAAGAUCAUUGUGCGAGUAUGUAUGGAUCUGAUGAUAAUCCAUCAUCUUCAACGGGUGCUGAUAAUAAGCCCAAAAAACCAAGUGAUGAUGAUGAUUCAUUUGAUCUUGAUGAUUUAUUGCCAAUUGUUGGAGAGUUCGGUCGCUAUCAAAAGAAGUUACUCUGGUUGGUUUGUUUACCGGCAUGUCUUCCCUGCGGUUUUUGUGCCUUUAACCAGCUAUUUAUGGCCUCAACACCAGCUCACUGGUGUAGAGUGCCAGGUCUUGACGCUCUGGAUCCAUCACGUCGGCGAAGACUCGCGAUACCGGCUACUCAUCAGGACGUCAAUGAGACUGUGUACAGCCAGUGUACGAGGUACGACGUCAAUUGGUCUGAUCCCAUCUUCGAUUCUAUGUAUAUCGACAGCAACGUGACCAACACUUCAUGGCCAAUUGUACCCUGUGAUCAUGGAUGGGAAUACGAUAUGUCUGAAAUAGUAUCAUCUAUUGUCAUUGAUUUUGACUUGGUAUGUGAUAAAGACAUAUAUCCAACACUAGGACUAGUCGCUCUUAACACAGGAGGUCCUAUUGGAGUUUAUUUGUUUGGUACUUUAAAUGACAGAAUUGGAAGAAGACUAUCUUUCUUUUCAUGUUUGGCUACACUUAUUACUGGAGGUAUUCUUACAUCAAUAGCCAAUAGUUUUUGGACUUGGGCUGCUUGUCGAGUGGUUGUAGGACUUACAAUACCAGCUAUUUAUCAGAUACCUUUUAUUAUCUCUUUAGAACUUGUUGGUCCAAAUUACCGAUCAUUUGUCACAGUAAUGACAUGUUCAUUUUAUACAAUGGGGUUGUGUAUGUUAGCAGCUGUAACUUAUCUAGUCCCAGAAUGGAGAAUUUUAGCACUUAUCACAAGUACGCCUUUCCUUGCUUAUUUUGGGUACUGGUGGUUUUUACCUGAAUCACCUCGAUGGCUGUUAGCCAAAGGACGAUUGAGUGAAGCAAGUGAAAUUCUCCAAACUUUGGCAAAAGUAAACGGCAAAGAGUUGCCAGAAUCAUUUACCCAAAAGCUGAAACAACGUAUGACAAUGUCGAGGACGAAAAGUGAAGAAGAAAGAUUACGGAGUGGACCUGGUGUUUUAUCGUUAUUCAAAACACCAAACAUGCGCUUGAAAACUUGUUUAAUUACUCUCAAUUGGUUUGCAAAUAACAUGGUUUACGUAGGGUUGUCUUAUUACGGGCCAGCUCUUGGUAAUGAAGAGCAUUUGAGUUUUUUCUUUUCAUCAUUAGCAGAGAUACCCAGUUACCUUGCGUGUUGGGUUGCUAUGGAUCGAUGGGGUCGACGGUGGCCGUUGUGUCUUUGUAUGGUCACCGCCGGAAUGUCUUGUGUCGCAACAGUACUUUUACCUUCUGAUGCUGUAAUAACGACAUUAAUUUUAUUUUUACUGUCAAAGUCUGCAAUAUCAGCAUCUUUUUUAAUAAUCUAUCCAUUUGCCGGAGAAUUAUAUCCAACACAAUUACGUGGUGUUGCCAUAGGAUUUUCAGCGUACAUCAGUGGUUUAGGAUUAAUUAUAAUUCCGUUUAUAACAUACUUGGGUAGAGAAAAUUUGGUAUUACCUUUAGUAAUACUCGGAACAGUUUCUGUGAUCGGAGGAUUGUCGGGGCUAAGAUUACCAGAAACACUACAUCAUCGACUACCUCAAACAGUGGAGGAAGGAGAGCUUUUUGGAAAGGAUUGGAAAUGUGCUGACUGUCUUCGCUGUGUGCCCAUUAAACCUGCUUCAGCGACGACGUCGUAUGAAGAUCUCUCAGUCGGUGAGACAGUUGAGCUGCAAUCAGUACCACGUACAUCUGUGGUUGAAGUAGAUCAACAACAAAUACAACCAGUUAGAGGACCUAGUACAGCUACGCGUCGACUGAUGCGACAGUCUAGUGUAAUGGACACCCAGAGAGAUUCUGACGGUUCCAUUAAAAUGACAUACUGGUUUUAAUUUAUUAAUAAACCAAAAAAAAAAAAAUAAUAAUAAACAAUCACGAUUUGUUUCAACUUCGGAAAUACUUUCUUUCUUUGUUUUUUGUUUGUAAUUAAUUAGAUUUACAAGUGGCUACUUAAGGACGAAAGAAUGUGUUGCUCAUGAUAAUGUGCGUGCGUUAAUCGAAAAAAGUAUUUAUUUGUUUUAUUAAAUCAUCUUCGGCGGAGCUACAACCUCGUCGUUCGAUUAUAGCAACUA